UUGGCUGUGUAGUUUCACGACGCCAGACGCCGUUCGCUACGUCUCCCGCCACAAAGACUGGGGCAGUGAGGUGGAGGCCGACGAGAUGAGGAGAAACAAGGACGCCAGGGACGCCAUCAGGUCUAGAAGGCGGAUUCUCACAACAGAGUCGGGAGCCAGGGAACGAAGGGUCUCAUCGGGAAGCUGUGACUCGAGAGAUUCUAACUCUAGCCCUGCAGAGCUGGAGACGGACGAGAAUGUCCUGUCCAGGAGACAGAAGCAAAUCAACUACGGGAAGAACACCCUCGCUUACGACCGAUACAUCAAGGAGGUGCCAAAGCACUUGAGGCAGCCCGGGGUCCACCCGCGCACCCCUAAUAAGCACAGGAAGUACAGCCGGCGCUCGUGGGACCAGCAGAUCCGCAUGUGGAAGGUUAAGCUGCACCACUGGGACCCGCCCACAGAGGAAGGAGACCUGGAAGCUGUAGAGGAGCUGGAGCUUGGUGACUUCAUGGACAUUGAGUUGGACCCUGAUGCAGAGUCAUGCCAAGCGUCUAAAGAUGAAAACGACGACGACUCCGGAACAUCUAGAAAAAUGCAGAAAACUGAGGAAUCGUAGCAAGUGGAAGAGGUCUAUGGGUUGGACAGCAGUAGUGUAGUCUGAUGCACAGUGGAGAGACAUCGACGCCUGAAAUGAUUAUUCCUGUGACAACUGUGAAUCUUGGACAACCAGACUGGAGUUGGGAGCAUUUUGAUAUUCUGAUAAGACGAGUUCGACAUAUUUGUAUUUCUCUUUCAUUCCUGUUUUUUAAAGGUUAAUAUAGUCAAAGUCGUUUGCUUUUAAAUGCUUUGUAUGAUGCAAGGGGUUUGUAAAUAAAGUUAUUUUAUUUGGAUUUGCCUUUAAGAAUGCAUAUUUUUGUAAUAAGAUUUUUUUUUUGUUUAGUUGCUGUAAUAUGGAGAGAAAAAAAAUAAAUGUUGUAUUGGUGAGGUUUA